GUAUUGGAAUGGAUGAUUCCUUUGUCCUUUUAGCAGCAUGGCGUCGAACGGACACAAAACUGAGCGUCGUGGAUCGUCUGGGUGACACGUACGCUGAAGCAGCUGUUUCUGUCACAAUCACCUCUCUCACGAAUUUCAUAAGUUUCUGGAUUGGUGCCAUCACACCAUUUCCAUCUGUAAGAAUCUUUUGCAUCUACACAGCAACAGCAGUACUCUUCACUUACAUCUACCAGGUGACAUUCUUCGGUGGUUGCAUGGCUAUCUCAGGGAAUGCCGAAAAGAGACGACUUCAUGCAAUGUUCUGUGUCCCUACUAUGCCCAAAUCUCUUGCAGUGGACAAGGGAUGUUGCUACCGCACUUUCUGUACUGGAGGUAAAAAUGAAGACGAUCCGGACAACCCAUUGGAUAAUAAGGAGCAUAGCUUAAUGGUAUUUUUCAGAGAUCACAUGGGAGUGUUUCUGGGCAGAAAAUGGGUCAAAGUUAUGGUCCUCGUCUGCUUCAUGUGUUACCUUGCUGUCGGAAUUUGGGGAUGUCUGCAAGUACGUGAAGGAUUGGAACGCCACAAGUUAUCUCGAAGUGAUUCAUAUUCCGUUACUUUUUAUGAAAGGGAAGAUAUGUACUUCCGAAAAUAUGCUUACAGGAUACAGGUAGUAGUCAACGCAACUCUGGAUUACUCCGAUCCAAAAGUUCAACAACAGAUAGAAAAUAUGCUUCAGAAAUUUGAAGCCAGUCCUUAUGUGUCUGGACCGGAUCUGACUGAAUCCUGGUUAAGAGCUUUCAACAGAUUCGUGACUGAUAGUCGAACUGCAUUUUUAUUACAAUCAUUCAACAAGACAGAUCCAACAGAUUUCUUGAAAAUUCUUGAUGUCUUUUUCACUUAUCCUUUAUCGCAUAUGUUCAUACAAGAUGUUCUGUUUAAUGAAGACAAGACAGCAAUAAUAGGCACUCGCUACGUUAUCCAAGCCUAUAAUAUAGUAGAUGCAAAUAAGGAGAAAGAUAUGGUACUUGAGCUCCGUAAAAUUGCAGACAGUCAGCCAUUUCCCGUAACCGUCUUUCAGCAGUAUUUUAUAUAUUUCGAUCAGUUUAUUUUAGUCAGAGAUACUUCCAUACAGUCCAUCUGCGUUGCUGUUGCUGUAAUGAUAGGGAUCUCUCUCGUUUUUAUUCCAAGCUUCCAUUGUGCUGUGUUUGUUGCAUUUUCUAUUAUCUCAAUAGAAGUUGGUGUAAUCGGAUACAUGACUUUGUGGGGUGUUAAUUUAGAUUCUAUAUCUAUGAUAAAUCUUAUAAUGUGUAUCGGAUUCUCCGUAGAUUAUUCUGCACAUAUAUCUUACGCUUAUUUUUCUGCUGACAAGCAAACUCCAGAUGAUGGCAUCAGAGCUGCUCUUCAUUCACUGGGUGUUCCAAUUUUUCAAGGAAGCGUAUCUACUAUAUUAGGUGUCAUUGCAUUAAUAUUUGCUCCGUCUUAUAUCUUCUUGACGUUCUUCAAAACAGUGUUUCUCGUAAUUCUGUUCGGUGCUUUGCAUGGUAUUUUAUUGCUCCCAGUUUUGUUAUCCUUGUCCGAUUCAUGUUUCAAUUCGAAGUUGUGCUCGUUCUGUCGUCGCUUUAAAUCAAGCUGCACUUGUUCUCCCAUGCAAUCUCCAGAGAAACCACCUCUUGCAAUACUCGAAGUACCAGAAAUUGCUUCUUAUGGUAUUUCCCAAUCUCCACGCCUUGUAAGCACGACGGGAAGUGUUCCGUUUGUGCCUCCUCUGAUAAAAUCUGGUGAGCCCGACGAGAACAGUAGUAAAGGUUCCAAAAAUGGAGACAUGUGGAAUGCUGAGAAUGGAGACAAAGAUCUUGGCCUUGGAACCAGUGGUGAGAGCAGUGAUGGUAGUUGGAAAUGCCCCCACGAAGAUCGGGAAAGAUCAUCUUUGCCACCCACUCAUCAGAUAGCAGCUGCAUUAGCGUAUCCCAGUGAAUAUAUUCACAGACCAGAGGAACACGAUAAUUUUGGAUAUGUGCCAGACGAAGAUGUGCAUCCACCUCAUAUACACGGUUAUCGAUCUCCAGAGAGGCAACAGGCCAGAUCGAGGAGCUCAUCAUGUUCCUAUCCUCGAGAUCGCAUGAGAAGCUAUAUCGAUGAUUUGGCCAUGAGAAGAGAAAUGCCGUGCCGGGCACAUGACCAUCCCAUAACAGUAGGGCCAACAAGAGGCAAUGGUUAUUUUUUCCAAGGCCCUCCUAGACGCCCUGUUAGUGGAGGCCAUAUUUCUAGGAUAAGUGGAGAAUGGGCCAGUUGCCUUCCAGGUUCACGAGAUAGGCCACGGCGAUCACGAGAGAGGACGACCAGACGAGAGAAUGAGCCGGAACGAGUUUUUACUGUCAGAUUAUGACAAUCGGAGGAAAUAGAUCGAUUUUCCACUAUGACAAGCCACCGCUGAGCAUCUCAGAGGAAUCGUAUUUCUGCUUUGACAAACCAAAUCUUUAUUCGGUGCCAACACUUUGACAGGGGCAGGUGCUCAUUAUUGAGACAAUGGUCACUGUGCAAAAUCAUUACAAGUGUACUUGAACGGUUCGGAUGUAUCUAAAGACAGUUUGUCUUCAAUCAGAUACUGCAAACAUAUUUUAAUUUGCAGAGUGCGGACCGUCAUGUUUCAGCCCAAAUAUAGUCUACCUCGAUCACUGAGGACUGCUCAAAUACUUGAAUUUGGAAGGAACUAUGAAAAACAUAGAAUGGUUGAUACAAAUAUAAAAGUCCACUAAACUUUCAGUGACAAUCUAAAAAUAUUUGUAGAAGUGUUACCAUACUCUAAACUACCAUAUAAUAAUAUAUAUAAAAAAACACUACUGCAUUAUUGGAUUAAAUUUAUUUAUAUGGCUCUCAUUCUGAAUAUGAAUGCAACUUUAGUGUUAGACUAUUCAUAAAAAGGAUAAUUCAAGCACUGAUGAAAUGUGAAUUAGAAUACAACUGUAAUAAAUGUUCAUUAUUAUUGUUCAGAUAUAAA